AGAUGACAUACCAACUGCCACAUGGAAAGUGAUAGUUCUGUCUUACCUGCGAAGUGGUUCCAGUCUCACAGGGGACAUAAUCCAGCAACAUCCGGAUAUAUUCUACGUCUUCGAACCCCUGAAAACUAUAGGUCGACAGUUUGAGGGGUUGGACCGCGACCGACUACUUAUGGAUCUGCAUUUUUCUGCUAUGUCCAUUUUUUGUGUGUGUGUUUUUUAUUUGUUAGAUGCAUCAGAAAGCCAGUGGCACAGAAUUGUCCGUUGUUUUCAAGAGGUGAACUCCAAAUGUCGUUCUGCUAAAAUCAUAGCCGCCAAGACCAUACGCCUCAGCAUGCGACAGGCUGCAGCUCUCAUGGUCUCCGACUCAACUGUUAAAGUCGUUCACCUGAUACGAGAUCCAAGAGCCGUCAUCGCAUCUCGUUUACGAUUUAAUGAAAGAUUCAGACUGACACCCGUGUCAGAACAAGCCAACAAAUUAUGCUCCCAAGUCGUGAACAAUAUAAACAUAUCGAAAGAUCUAUCAGGGAUGUUUCCUAAACGUAUAUUGACCGUUCGGUAUGAGGACAUUGCUGAGUCUCCGGUGGCAGCAGCGAGGCAGUUAUUCAAUUUUCUUGGAAUACAAAUAACAGCUUCCAAUGAGGAGUACAUCUGGAACAUCACGUACGCUGGGUGUGAGGACGGGUGCAGUAUAUGCACUGUCAGAAGUAAUGCAUCAGCAACUGCUAAAGCUGAGCAUGGGUUUCACGGAGAUGUGGUGAAACAACAGGAAAGAGUGAGUCACGUGUGA